CUUCCCCUUAAUCGUCGCCGGGCGCCGGGAUGGGCAGGUCGCUGGCGGCCGGGUGUCUCCUGCUCCUCGUGGCCGUGGCCGCCGGGCGAGGCCGGGCUCCCUUCAGCCUCCCGCUACGAGUGUCUCCGCCAAGCGCCCCCGACGGCUCCCUGGUCCCCGUGCCUGUGGCGCUGAAGCCGCGGGGCGGCAACGGGACCGGCGGGAGCCCGGAGCGCGAGCAAGAGGCGGCGGGCUUGGGCUUGGCUUCCGACCCCAGCGGCGCCGUCAACUUUAUGGCCAUGGUGGACAACCUGCAGGGCGACUCGGGACGCGGCUACUACCUCGAGCUGCUCCUCGGCACCCCACCGCAGAAGCUAAAUAUUUUGGUUGACACUGGAAGUAGCAAUUUUGCUGUUGCAGGAGUACCAAAUGCAGAUCUGACCUCCUACUUCAACACAAAAGAAUCAAGCACAUAUAAGUUACUGGGCACUGUGGUCGCUGUUAAAUAUACCCAAGGAAGCUGGAUAGGGACUCUUGGCACAGAUGUUGUUACCAUCCCUAAAGGAAUCAACGGCACUUUUACCAUCAACAUUGUAACCAUCUCUGAGUCAGAGAAUUUCUUUUUGAAAGGUGUUCAAUGGCAUGGGAUCCUUGGACUUGCCUAUGAUGCCUUGGCUAAGCCCUCAAGUUCUGUGGAGACAUUUUUUGAUUCGCUUGUGAAUCAAGCAGAGAUCCCCAAUAUAUUUUCCUUACAGAUGUGUGGAGCUGGAUUGCCAGUUACUGGAACUGGUACCAAUGGAGGUAGUCUUGUCCUGGGUGGAAUUGAACCAAGCCUAUACAAGGGGGAAAUCUGGUACACACCUGUUGAGAAAGAGUGGUAUUAUCAGGUUGAAAUACUCAAAUUGGAAGUUGGAGGCGAGAACCUUAACUUGGACUGUAAAGAGUACAACUCGGAUAAAGCCAUUGUAGACAGCGGCACCACACUCCUGCGCCUGCCAGAAAAAGUCUUCACUGCUGUUGUGGGAGCAAUUAUACAGAAAUCCUUGAUUCAAGAAUUCUCAUCUGGAUUUUGGAAUGGUGUACAGCUUGCUUGCUGGGCUAAAACUGAACAGCCUUGGACCUUCUUUCCAGAGAUAUCUAUCUAUCUGAGAGAUGAAAAUUCCAGCAGAUCAUUCAGGAUCACUGUCUUUCCACAGCUUUAUAUUCAGCCUGCUUUUGAGCCUAGUCAGAAUUUACGCUGUUAUCGUUUUGGCAUCUCCUCUUCUACCAAUGCCCUGGUCAUUGGCGCGACAGUGAUGGAAGGAUUCUAUGUCAUCUUUGAUAGAGCUCAAAAGAGAGUGGGCUUUGCAUUAAGUACUUGUGCUGAAGUUGGAGGUUCUCCAGUAUCUGGGAUUGAAGGUCCUUUUGAAACUACGGAUGUAGCAGGCACCUGUGUGUCCACAAUAUCCUUCCAUGAACCAUUGUUGUGGAUUGUGUCCUAUGCACUGAUGAGCUUCUGCGGACUUGUCCUUCUGGUGCUCAUUGUCUUACUGCUCCUGCCUGCUCGCUGUCGUCGUCAUUAUUCUGACAAUGACAUUGUAAAUGAUGAAUCGUCCUUAGUACGGCAUCGAUGGAAAUGAAGAAUUCAGUCCAAGCUCAAGGAAUACUUGCACUUUGCUUAGCAGUACUAUCGACAGGCUGUUCCAACCAAAGGUAGAAGUCCAGGCUUCACUCCUUGCAAACUUAAGCACAUGAUUCACCAGAAGAUGUUCUCCAAUUCUGCUGCCUCAUAAUUUUUCAGCUUUUUUUCUAACAAUUUUUUGAACCAAAUACAUAUAUAAUCACUCCAAGUGCUACUCUGCUUUUCUAGUUGACAAUCAUGCAGCUCAGCCAAUAAGUACAUUU